AUGCCCAACAACCGGCACCACUUCCUCUGGCGCAUCCUCAUCGGCAACCGGGUGUCGCCGCCGCUGGCCGCCUGGCUGGCCCUCUGGAUCUUCGGGGGCGCGCUGCAGGAGGAGACGGCGCCCAAGAUGAGCAGCGGCAUCCGCAUGGCCAUCACGUUCAUCCCCAUCGUGCACUCGCUCGUCUUCUGGCUGAGCCGCCUGCACAAGGAGGACCUGCUCAACCAGCUGGAGGAGGUGGCCAGGACCCUGGAGCCCUACAGCGAGCCGCACCGGCGCGAACUGGAGGGGGCUCGGCGCUACAGCGCCACGGCGCUCUGGAUGUGCAAGGCGUACGCGCUGGCCGACGUGUGCACGCUCAUCGUGCCGCUGUGCCUCAACCAGGACAAGCUGGACCUCAACAUCUGGCCCUGGCCACCGGGCCGCAUGUGGGUCAUCAUCGGCGGCAGCAUGAUCUGCUGCAUGGGGGUGCCCUUCGCCUUCCCGACCUUUGUCGGCCUCGCGUACUACAUGAGCUUCCUGGCGUUCGAGAUCGCGCUGCACGGCGUGCUGGGCGACGCCGUGCGCCACGCGGACACCCCGGCCAAGGUGCUGGAGGUGGCCAAGAUGGACGUGCGGCUCACCGAGGUGGGCAUCCGCCAGAAGAACGCCAUGGCCGGCUUCACGGCCACCUUCCUCGCCCUGAUGCUCGUCACACCGCUCAUCUCCACCGUGCUGGCCUUCCUGGGCCAGUUCGACCUGUUCACCAUCGCCAGCAUCCCCUACGUCAUCAUGUUCAUCACGCUCUGCUACAUCGGCCAGGACAUCCAGGAUUCGUGUGUGCGGGUGGCCACCGCGGCGUACGACUGCGCCUGGACCGAGGUGCCGGACUCCAGCUCCCGGGCGACCGUGCUGAUGAUGAUGACCCGCCGCGGACGUCCGCUCAGCAUCUCCGCCAAGCUGGGCGUGGGCGCGCUCAACCUCAGCGUGUGCCGCGAGACGAUGCACUCCUGGUACUCGCUGCUGCAGCUGCUGCUCAAGCUCUUCUAAGCGCCGGGCGCCCGCCGGGUGGGCAACCCUUCGGACAGGGAAGGCCGCGCAGCCCGUCACUCGUCACUCAUGACGUCACGCGUCACAUCAUCAUUUAUUUAUUUUUAAACGCCGUCUCUCUUUUCGCCGCCUUGUGGGCAUUCGCGCGCGCGCGUGCGUGCGUGCGACUGUGUGCGUGUGUGUGCGUGUGUGCGGAGAAGAGCGGCGGUUAGACAUAGGCAA